UUCUCCUCCUGUUUCUUCCGUUGCCGUUGCUGCGUGUUUUUGGCGUUUCCUUCUGCUGCAGAUUUGGAGGCUGUUUUAAUAUAAAUAAUCAUGUCCCUGGAGGUGGAAUCCGCAGACGUGAUCCGCCUGAUUAUGCAGUACUUAAAAGAAAACAAUCUGCACCGGACACUAGCCACUCUGCAGGAGGAGACUACGGUGUCUCUGAACACAGUGGACAGUAUCGAGAGCUUUGUGGCAGACAUCAACAGCGGCCACUGGGACACGGUCCUGCAAGCCAUCCAGUCCCUCAAGCUGCCAGACAAGACCUUGAUAGACCUUUAUGAACAGGUUGUGUUGGAGCUGAUUGAGUUGAGAGAGUUGGGUGCAGCUCGUUCACUCCUCAGACAGACCGACCCCAUGAUCAUGCUGAAACAGACGCAGCCGGAGAGAUACAUCCACUUGGAAAACCUGCUGGCUCGCUCCUACUUUGAUCCCAGAGAGGCGUACCCAGAUGGCAGCAGUAAGGAGAAGCGCCGGGCAGCCAUCGCUCAGGCCCUGGCGGGAGAGGUCAGCGUGGUGCCUCCCUCUCGUCUCAUGGCUCUGCUGGGACAGGCUCUGAAGUGGCAGCAGCAUCAAGGUCUCCUGCCUCCCGGUAUGACCAUCGACUUGUUCAGAGGCAAAGCUGCCGUCAAAGAUGUGGAGGAGGAGCGCUUCCCCACGCAGCUCAGCAGACACAUCAAGUUUGGACAGAAAUCUCAUGUGGAGUGUUCCCGAUUCUCCCCUGAUGGGCAGUAUCUGGUCACUGGCUCUGUGGACGGCUUCAUCGAAGUCUGGAACUUCACAACUGGCAAAAUCAGGAAGGAUCUGAAGUACCAGGCUCAGGAUAACUUCAUGAUGAUGGACGAUGCUGUGUUGUGUAUGUGCUUCAGUCGGGACACAGAGAUGCUGGCCACUGGAGCCCAGGAUGGAAAGAUCAAGGUGUGGAAGAUCCAGAGCGGUCAGUGCUUGAGGAGGUUCGAGCGCGGCCACAGCAAAGGAGUGACGUGCCUCAGCUUCUGUAAGGACAGCAGCCAGCUCCUCAGCGCCUCCUUCGAUCAGACCAUCAGAAUCCAUGGACUGAAGUCGGGGAAAACUCUGAAGGAGUUCCGCGGUCAUUCCUCGUUUGUCAACGAGGUCACUUUCACUCCAGACGGCCAUCACAUCAUCAGCGCUUCCUCUGACGGCACGGUGAAGUUGUGGAACAUGAAGACCACCGAGUGUUCCAGCACCUUCAAGCCUCUGGGAACGUCAGCUGGCACGGACAUCACAGUCAACAACGUCCUCCUGCUGCCCAAGAACCCCGAGCACUUUGUAGUGUGCAACCGCUCCAACACCGUGGUCAUCAUGAACAUGCAGGGACAGAUCGUGAGGAGCUUCAGCUCCGGUAAGAGGGAAGGCGGUGACUUUGUGUGCUGCACUCUGUCGCCCCGUGGCGAGUGGAUCUACUGCGUGGGUGAAGACUUUGUGCUCUACUGCUUCAGCACAGUCACCGGCAAACUGGAGAGAACGCUGACGAUCCACGAGAAGGAUGUGAUUGGCAUCGCCCACCACCCCCACCAGAACCUCAUUGCCACCUACAGUGAGGACGGCCUGCUGAAGCUCUGGAAACCUUAAAGAAGAAGAAAGCUCAUGAGAAGAGACUGGAGGCUGUCCUGACUCUGCACACAGCUCUGCCCGCUGUGCUUUCUCUAACCUCCUGCAGCCUGAUCCUGUACAGACGGAGGUUCAGGGGAGCACAGUUUUUCACAGUAAUGAGAGGAAUGACUAAAAAUGAGGAUUUUAGGGUGUUUUUUUGUAUCAUUAAAAAAAAUGUUGACAGCUUAUGAGAGUGUGAGGUGUUUGCACAGCAGAGCCUCAUUUACCUCAGCGUCUGAGAUGUGUUGCAAAUAAAGUUUUCAUUUUGCGAGUGUCUUAAAGUCUGAUUAACGGAGACGGCAUUUCUCGUGCCGUUUGUCAUCACGGCUUCUCUAACUGAACCGAAGCUGCUUCUGCAUUUGAUGGAUGCUGAAAGAAAGCUUUCUGCACAUUUUCGGUGGCUGCUCAGUAAAUCAGACUCUGCUGUUCAGCACCUGAGCCUUUAUUUCAGAGCCCUUUUUUUAGAUAUUAGAAACAACUCUUGUUUUGAAAGUUCAGUUUUGUAAAUAUAUUUUUUGUUUUCAAUAAGAUCUGGUUAAAUAGUUUGUGGCUGCAUGUUGCUGAUCUUUGAUGCUAAACAGCAGAUUUGUGAUGUCUGUCAGUGACCUGUAAAAUAAGUUAUUG